CAAACAGCAGUCGCUGCCUCACCAUGAUGGGGGAUGACAUAAAACAAGGCAGCUCACAUUUAAUUUGUUUUUUUUUUUUUGCUUUUUGUUCAAUAUAUAUCCGGUGAAUAUAACCAAGUAUUUUUGUUAAUUUUUCUUUUUGCAUUUUCUAUUUCCUAUUUAUUCGCAACUGGAUUUUAGAAUGGGGAAACAUCACUUUACUGGGAAGGAUCCAGCUGGAGAGCUUUUACGCUGCGCGGAUCUCGGAGCAUCUCAGAUACAGGGAAAUAUUUAAGCGGUUUCUACUCUGAGGACUGAACAAUGAAGUACGGACCGGUGGUGCUCUCGGCUGGGCUUACAGGUUUACUCAGCUUCACCUUCCUUGCUUUGGCCAUCGGGACUGAUUAUUGGUACAUAAUCGAUGUUAAUAAAUCCAACCACACGGGUCCAAAAGACCUGAGUUCACACUCUGGAUUGUGGAGAAUCAUUGAAGGUUCAAAUAGGAGUUCAAUCAUCUCCUCUUUUACAGCAAAUAUGUCCAGCCUGUCAGAGACAGAAAGGCAAAUUCUUGGCCUGCACAAAGUGGUGGUCAUCGUGCUCCCUCUUAGUCUGAUUCUGCUUGUGUUAGGAUGGAUCUUUGGACUUGUCAGCUCGUUGGCUUGCAGUCCCAAGUUGCUGGCUGCAUUGGCUUCCUACUUUCUCCUCUGUGGUCUUUUCACCCUGUCAGGGGUCAGCAUCUACAUCAAAUACUCCAAUCAGGCCAUGGAGGAGUUCCAGUGGAUUGUGUCUCCUGAAAAUCUUGUCUUCGUGCACGUCUCCUUUGGCUGGUCAUUACACUUGGCCUGGCUCUCCUACAGCCUGGAGGUGGCAACAGGUCUGCUGCUGUUGCUAGCUGCCAGAAUAACUCAAAUAAAGGGAUAUUACAAUUCUGGUGUCGCCAUAGCCAUGCUGUAGUGACCAAAUGCAUUUUUCAGGGGAGUUUUAGGUAUUAGUGGUUAUUUUAUUUCUUAAUAGCAAUCAAGCUUGCAAGAAGCAAAGACAGUCAAGAGCCAAAACCACAAAAUAUAUUUAAGCUACUGUACCUUUAGCAGUCACACUCAGAAGCUGACUUUAGAUCACAUUAUUGAACUGCCUUCAUCUAUUCAACACUAUUUUCCGUCCACUGACUUUGCCUAAUAUUGUUGAUGUGUUUACAAAAAAAAGACAAAUAAGCUAACCAGGCAAAUGAAUGGAUAUUUGUUCUUCAAUGUAUUUAUGCAGUAUAUUUCAACGUUUUUGCCACUUAACUGAGUUUUCUUUUUAAGAGUUAUCUAGCUUGUAGGAGGCCAAGCAUGUCAAGAAGCAAAAGCACAAUAUGUAGUGCGAGCUAGCUUUAGCAGACACACAAAGAAGCUGACAUCAAAUUAUACAUCUGAUCUUCUUUAAUUAUAUUUCUGCAGACUGACUUUUUCUAAAGUUAUUUUCUGAAUGGCUUUACCGAACUGAAAAAACCCCAACCUAGCCUAAUUAAUACAGUGUGGCAGUAUAUUUUUCCUUGAAUGCAUUUGUUUAGCCUUGUUCCCAAUGUAGUGGUAUGAAAAAUUUGCCAAUUUACAGAUGGCUUCUGUUAUUGUUUUUAUUUUGUCAGACCUACAUGUUUCAUAUCAUAUAAGAAAUUGUAAUAUCAGACAAAGAUAACCUGAGCAAAUAAAAAAAGCUGUGUUUCUAAACAAUGAUUUCAUUUGG